UACUUCAUCCGCCAAAAAGUUGUCUUCCGUGUGACGACCCGGCUUGACCCAUCGUUGCCAUCUAAAGCGGCGACGAUCUCCGCGGUUGAAUCUGCCCCUACGGUUGUCGAGACGGUAUUCCCGUCCUCCGCGACCCCCGCGAUAUCCCCAGCGUCGGCGGCCGUAACCACCGGAACGGUCAUUCCGGGAAUAGUUGCGUGGUUCUUGUCGCUCAUCGGCUCGGCGUUUGCCCUUAUCGUCCCUGCGAUUGUCUCGAUCACGGCGAUCGUCGCGAUCGGUCCGAGAGGGGCGAUCAUCGUCGCGAUCAUUUGUAAUGGAAACAUGAGAUUGGAAUAGGAAAAUUACAACUGAGUGUGCCUACCCAUCGAGACUCGGUGAUUGGAAGCAGCAAGCCCGAAAGGAAAUGCUGAGUACUGGUGCUGCGGCAAAAAAUCGAACGAAGCCCUGGCAGUUCAGCCGCAAUAUGUGGCUGGGCGCCGGGCGCCGGGCGACGAGCAAGAGAUGACAAUCAUACCAAUAUAGUCCAAGACGCCGCUGAUUUCCAGACCAUGGGCUAAAAUCACGCCUUGUACACCUGGGCUCUGCCCCUGAAUAG